CGGCGCAGCCAUGGCGGCCGAGCGGGGCCGGGGGCGGCGGCGGCGGCGGCGCGGGAGGCGCUGAGGGGGCGGCGGGGGGCGGCGGGCGGCGCCGGGCCUCGCCCCCGCCGGGGAGCCAUGAGCCAGGGCGGCGGGGCCGGCAGCGAGAGCGGCGAGCCCGAGGCCAAGGUGCUGCACACCAAGCGGCUGUACCGAGCAGUGGUGGAGGCUGUUCAUCGACUGGAUCUCAUCCUUGGUAAUAAGGCAGCGUAUCAGGAAGUGUUCAAGCCAGAGAACAUCAGCCUGAGGAACAAGCUGCGAGAGCUGUGUGUGAAGCUGAUGUUCUUGCAUCCAGUGGAUUAUGGAAGAAAAGCAGAAGAACUGCUCUGGAGAAAAGUUUACUAUGAAGUUAUCCAGCUCAUUAAAACAAAUAAAAAGCACAUUCACAGCCGUAGCACUCUGGAGUGUGCGUACCGGACUCACUUAGUCGCUGGCAUAGGAUUUUACCAGCACCUUCUCCUCUACAUCCAGUCUCACUAUCAGCUGGAGCUGCAGUGCUGUAUCGACUGGACGCAUGUCACGGACCCUCUAAUAGGCUGCAAGAAACCCGUGUCUGCGUCGGAGAAGGAGAUGGAGUGGGCACAGAUGGCAUGUCACAGAUGUCUGGUUUAUCUCGGAGAUCUCGCUCGCUAUCAGAACGAACUGGCAGGAGUGGACACAGAGUUGCUGGCUGAGCGGUUUUACUAUCAAGCCCUUUCUGUUGCACCGCAAAUUGGCAUGCCUUUUAAUCAGCUGGGGACAUUGGCUGGGAGCAAAUACUACAAUGUGGAAGCCACCUAUUGCUAUUUACGCUGUAUCCAGUCUGAAGUGUCCUUUGAAGGUGCCUAUGGGAACCUGAAGCGUCUGUACGACAAAGCAGCCAAAAUGUAUCACCAGCUGAAGAAAUGUGAAACCAGGAAGUUGUCUCCAAGCAAGAAACGGUGCAAAGACAUUAAGAGGUUGCUGGUGAGCUUUAUGUACCUGCAGAGCCUUUUGCAACCAAAGAGCAGCUCUCUGGAUUCUGAGCUGACAUCACUCUGUCAGUCUGUACUGGAGGAUUUCAAUCUGUGCUUGUUCUACCUGCCUUCUCCUCCUAAUCUGAGCUCAACCAGCGAAGAUGAAGAAGAGUAUGAGAGUGGCUACUCCUUCCUUCCCGAUCUCCUGAUCUUCCGCAUGGUGAUCAUCUGCUUUAUGAGUGUUCACAGCCUCAAGAGGGCAGGUUCAAAGCAGUACAGUGCAGCCAUUGCUUUCACGCUGGCCCUCUUCUCUCACCUGAUAAAUCACGUCAAUAUUCGCCUGCAGGCAGAGCUAGAAGAAGGGGAAAAUCCAGUCCCAGCCUUUCAGAAUGAUGGCACAGAUGACCAGGAGCCACGGGAGCCUUUGAACUCGAUUGAGAAAGAAGCCGAAGCUGAGUUGGCCAAUCAUCAGCCCAAAGAGGAACAACGGAAGAAUGACUGCAAGAAAAGCAAGAAAUACUCUCGCCUCUCUUGUUUGCGUCGCCGUCGCCACCCCCAGAAGGUGGAUGAGAGUGACCUGAGCGAGGGCUUUGACUCUGACUCCAGCCAGGGCUCUACAAAGGGCAGCGAUGGCUCAGAAAGUGGCUCAGAGAAGAGUGACGAGGAAGCAGAAGCUGCUUUUGAUGUGGAGACGGACUCUGACAUGAACAGCCAAGAAUCUCGGUCUGACUUGGAGGACAUGGAAGAUGAUCCGGGUGAGGAGGGAAGCAGCCGAGGCAAAAGUGGGCCCAAAGAGGCCUUAAAAAACUGUGUAGAUGGCAGUGGGCUUGGGGACUCUAAGAUCCCAAGCAUCUCUAAAACUGAGACCCCAGAUUCAGCAGUGAAUGGACCCGUUUCCCUGAGCACUAACGACGCGAGCAUAGCCAGUAAUCUCCAAGCGAUGUCCACCCAGCUGUUUCAGACCAAACGCUGCUUUCGCUUGGCUCCCACUUUCAGCAACAUCCUUCUGAAACCAAACAGCGAGCCAGCUGUCUUAAAGGAUGGACUAGACAACAAGCCAUGCGUCAAUGGAGAUCUGGAGAAACCCAGCUUGGCAGAGCAAGAUGAUGUGUCCGACUCCGAGGAAAGCAUUUCAAGUAACAAAUCCUGCAGGAACGAACGAUCCCUUCAGGAGAAGCUAGAGAUCGUGACCAACGAGGGGCUGCUUCUCACUGUCAAGGUGUUCCUGGACUGGCUGAGGACAAACACAGACCUCAUCAUCAUGUGUGCUCAGAGCUCUCAGAGCCUGUGGAACAGGCUGUCUGUGCUCCUGAACCUUCUGCCUUCUGCUGCAGACCUGCAGGAAUCAGGACUGGACCUUUGUAAUGAAGUCAAGGACAUGCUGAGCGGCGCUGAGCUGCCAGACCUGCACACCAACUUGCUGCUCCCAGAAGAUGUGGCCCUGCGAAAUCUGCCCCCUCUGAAAAAUGCACACAAGAGGUUUAACUUUGAGCAGGACCGCCCAAUUUUCUCAGCAGUGGAGGAGUCUGUUGUUCGGAUUUGCUGCAUUCGGAGCUUUGGCCACUUCAUUACCCGCUUGCAGGGCAGCAUCCUGCAGUUCAACUCAGAGCUUGGGAUCUUCAUCAGCAUAGCACAGUCAGAGCAAGACAACUUGCUGCACCAGGCCCAAGCCCAGUUUCACAUGGCUGCAGAGGAAGCUCGUCGGAACAGGCUAAUGAGAGAUAUGGCUCAGCUUCGACUGCAGCUGGAGGUUUCUCAGCUGGAGGGAAGUCUCCAGCAGCCCAAAGCACAGUCAGCAAUGUCUCCUUACCUCGUCCCGGACACCCAGGCCCUCUGCCAGCACCUGGCUGUUGUCAAGCAGUUGGCCACCAGCGGGAGGUUCAUAAUCAUCAUCCCUCGAAUAGUGAUCGAUGGCUUAGACUUCCUGAAAAAGGAUAACGCAGGUGCUCGAGACAGCAUCCGGUAUCUGGAGGCAGAAUUUAAAAAGGGAAACAGAUACAUUCGUUGCCAGAAAGAUGUCGGGAAGAGCUUUGAGAGGCAUAAAUUGAAGAGACAAGAUUUAGACGCCUGGAAUCUCUAUAAAAUACUGGACAGCUGCAAACAGCUGACAGUGUCCCAAGGGAACGGAGAGGAUGACACCACGGGAAUGGUCACCAUCAUCACAGGCUUUCAGCUGGAAGACCCAAGCACGCUCUCGGCACCCAUGCAGUCUGCCAUCCAGGCAGCCACCAGUGCCAGCGUGGAAAUAAAAAACGUUCUGGAGUUCUACAAGCAGUGGAAAGAGAUGGGCUGAUGUUCAGAAGGGCAUCGGGUUGGUGUACCUUUCUCUCCCCCUCUCGGAACGUGCAGCGUCUGAACAAAGGAAACAAAAAUCCAGGCGACACUUAGCCACGAAGCAGCAGCAGCAGCAACAACAAUAACAAAAAUACCGACAAAAAAGGAAAAAAAAAAAAAAAAAAAGGAAGAAAAAACCAAAACUCUGAUUCGGCUCGCACACGGACACCCGCCACCUGCACCCCGACCAGACGGCUGUACAUCUCUGACGGCGCCAACUGCUCUGAGAAGAGAGAGGCACCUCGGCACGGCCGAGGCAGAGCUCUGCCCUUCUCCCAGUCGGCAGGGAUGGGCGAGAGACGGGCAGUCAUUCAUUUCCCCCUCCUUCCCCACCAAAGCUUGCUUGGUCAUCUGAAAUGGGCAGGCGGCUUCUGAAGCGUGGACUUGACUUCAACGAAACCAAACCAGCACAGCAGAAACGGAGCCCUCCUGGCUUGGCAAAGAAGAUCCAAAGAGCGUUAAGCUUUUGCUUGGCAAUCUGGUGACAGGAAAACAUACUUUUUUUUCUUUUUUCCCCUUUGAAUUAAUUAUUUUUCAAGGAUUUUUUUUUUUCUUUUCACUUCUUAGUUUUAUAUAUAUAAAUAAUAUUAAAAAAACAAAAGUGGAGUUCCUUUGGGGUUCUGGAUACUCUUCCGAUGUCAGAGAGAAAAGGAGACGAUGCUAUUUAAAAGGGGGGGGAAAAAAACUCUUAAUAUAAUUUUUUUUUUUUGGAACAAGCAUAUUUAUUUCCUUUCCCUGUCCCCAUGGAGCGGGCUCAGUGCAAAGGGACGUUGGCCUGCGAGAAGAGCGCUGCGCGACGUGCGCCUGUGGGCUUGGUGCACAUCCUUGCUUCCUGUACGAGCUGCACACUUCAUGAGCAGUAAGAGAUUGACCAGGCUGCUUGAGAGAGGUGAAAAGGACUCUUCCCCUGUCUUUUCCUCCUCUUCCCCCUUCCCCGGUCCCUCCCACUUCUUUGCUUCCAGCAUUAGGCCUUGGAGAAAAGGAGUUGAGUCCAGCAGAGUUGCUGGAAGAGGAAGAACCACGCAGGAUUUAAACCCCAAUAAGGCUCAACCACUUGGUUUGAAUGCAGAGGCUGAGAUGGAUCAAACCAGCAGACAUCUCCAAAAGUCCCAAUGCCUCGUUUUUUUUUUUUUUCUUUUUCUUUUUUUUUUUAAAUCUUGCAGUGAGGCGUAAAAGAGGAAGUAGGAUCUCAAAGCCAUUCUCUAUUCUGCUGGCUGCUCUGACACCGCUGCUGCUACGUCAUGCUAGAGAGGGUGGCAGAACUUGAGUGGUCGUGUUCCCCCUCCUCACAUCCCUCCAGGGCAGGCAGAGGCAGCGCAGCGCCCGCCGCUGCCCGGGACUGAGCUCACAAACUGUUCAGUGCUUUUAGCAUCCCGCAAAGAAGGGAAGAUGCUCCACGGGUGGGUGCUGGAAGAUCGAAUCCCCCGCGUGACCUGCGAGGGACCUUUCAGACCUCCAUCCUGCCAGCAUCUCGAGCAACCUGUGUUUGACGUCCCGUCACGUGCCGAUGCCUGGAAAUGAAGAUACGGGUUGCUCCCAAGACAGCUGAGCAGUGGGGGACAGGCCGAAGGGCCUCUUUGCAGUUCAUCUGUGUCGGCGUGAUCAAGAACCAGCUGUCUCUGUCCACGUGAACUAACAGCAGCUAUGCAAGUAAAAACCACUAGUCCUCUCUGUUUGGUUGUUUUUCACGUGGGCCAGCCAGAAGCUGCUACAAAAGGGGCAUAAUACGGAAAGACAAGUAACGUGCUCCAAUCUGUGCAGACUUCCUCCCGUGAUGCAUGGUACUGGAGUGGCAGGAUGCUCCUUGUUUUCAGGUAAAAAGCAAACAAAAAAUAGCACAAGUCCCAGGUGAUUCAUUUGUAUUGCAAUUUCUGUUCCUUUGCAGCAUGCAGCCUUGUAGCACGGCGGGGAGAGAUGCCAAGCUUUAAGUUACGCCUGGAGCCGGCCCCCACAAGGGCCACACGCUUGAAGAAGUGAUCUGAAAGGCGAGGGGAGAGUGGCAGCGCUUCCCUGCAGACUUUUCCUUUUGCAGCUUCUCCUGAAACCUGCGGGGCUUUUCUUGGCUAAAGCAAGGAAACAACAGAAGUCAAAGACUCUGGCUCUUCCUGGGCACGGUUAGAGAUCUAAGGCGGGCUGUGAAGCUUGUUGCUCCUCCAGUGCUACCAAUGUUUUUAUUUGAAGCCGUUUCUUUGUCUAGCCCGUUAUUUUUAUUUGAUGGGGAUGGGAAAAGAAAAGAGAAUCCCCCUGCGGGACUCGGCCUUCGGCGUAGGGGCCGGAGCGGCGUGGUGUGCUGGAGAGCAGAGUCACCCUCCCCUCUGUCGGCCUGGAGAGUGCUGCUCGGUUAUGCUGAAACACACUCCUUGUUCACUAGGGGCCUGGCUCAGUGGGAUGGCUGGCUGGUGGACUGUGCUUUUUUUUUUCCUGCCGCUGAAGAAAACCAUCCGCCUCCUUGCUGCACAUCAGGAGGGGCUGCAGUCUGCAACUCCCUGGUGGAGGGCUGCUCGAGCUGAAGCCUGGCUGUGGUUGCAGGCCCCAGGCCUAAUUGUCAUUCCCUUCUGGCCACCUAGUGCGAAGUGUGCUUGUGGGGUUCCGUCAGGGGCUGUCGCUCCUCUGAAAGCCAGAGAGCGAGGAGUUGGAGACGUUCUUCGGCUUUGCCCUGGGCCAGGUGCUCCCUUGGCUGGAGCUCGAGGCGGGGGGGGGGAAAAGAGCAAUGCAAAUAAAGCAGUACCCAAAAGGGAAUGCCCCUCGUGCUGACGGCGAGAGCGUCUCGGUUCUUCCCGGAGCUGCUGGGGGGACAGGACCGGGGCUGGGAGCCAGGCGCUGCGGGGCCAGGCCGGCGUGCGGGGCCGGAGCUGUCCCUGAACAGGGGACGUGGGGGGCACGCUCCGGAGCAAGGGAUGGGCUAACGCAGUCCCUCUGCCUCCUGAUUCGGCUUGAUGGCUUGUUUGGGCCGGACGCAGGAGGCAGUUUAAGAACAAAAGUAAAUAAACUGGCCCUUUCUGUAACAAGACGGCGUCGCUGAGCUGCGCUGAGCCCUCUUAAGGGGCCCCACGGCAGGAUCAGAGGGCUUUUUUCUGAAAGGCAGCGAGGCUGUCUCCUUGUUCUCCUCAUCAACAUCCCCUAGUGACUGCCCUGCUCUCCUGAGAGGUUGUUUUAAUAUAACCCCAGCGGGUUUUUUUUUUUUUCACCUGGAGAGGAGGAAAAGGCCCUAGCCCUUCACAGGGACAUCUUAAUAACUGCCCGGCGCCAUCUUCCAGCGCGUGGUAUCUCUGGGCCGAGGGGGAAGAGCGGGCGACCUAAAGAAGGCACCUGAAACAUCCCUCUGCCACCCUGCUUCCUCCAGAACAUGCAGCUGGGGUUGAGGACCUGGUGAAUGCGUGGCCCCAGUCAGAGGGGGGUGAAACUGGAAAAGCAGGAGCCUUCUAGGACAGCAGAGCUGCAAAACAGCCUCAGGGAGGGUGGCAAGCUGCGUCCUGCAAGUGGUGCCACCUCGGCUUGGCUCAGCUUGACGUCUUUAAGGUCAGAUUAAGGGGAGAUGCUGAGCCCCGGUCCCCCCACUCCAUGGUUUCCCCACAGCCUUCCUUGGGGUCUUGAUGCCGGCCUGACAGAGCCGCAGCCUGACUCAGCUGGGCAGCGAUCGAGCCUUGCAAAAGCCGGUUCUGGUCCACUGCUACUCCACAUGGUGCUAUUCCCGUCCCGGCUCCAAGCUUGCUAGGACUGGCUCCAAGCUAGCCCCCGUCACCCCCUCCAUGCUGGGAAGCGGAGCAAAAAAAGAGGAAACAAAAAAUAUUUUGUGGGCUAAAAGCUUUGUUUUCACUGUGUUUCGCGUGUGUUUCUGGGCUUUGCUUUCCUUUCCUUUUCGUUCCCAUCACGCUGAGCUCGCAGAAGGGGGGCCGGGGGAGAGCGCAGGUUCCUGGUGGCCGAGGCUGGCCGGGUCCCUGUGCCGCGGCGGGUGGACGCGAUGGCCCCGGCGGCCGCUGGUCUUCUGCUCGGCGGUCUCACGGGCUGUGCCAAGCGCCUCUUCCACUUCCCAUCCUUGCUCGCCUCAGCUUGACGCCACCUGCGAUGCCGCAGAUUUCGGGCUCGCAUCGAAGAUUUUUCCCUUCUGAACGUCCAGCAGAACUGCCCGGGGGGGGGGGGGCAGGAAAUAGGGUGGGCAAAAAUGGGGCGGCUGCAAGAAUGGGAAAGGUGGGAGGGCUGGCGCGGGAGCCCCGCGCUGCGGGUCCUGCCUCUGCCUGCUGGCACCGAGAGCUGCUUGGUGCGAGGCAAGAGGCAAGCAUCUCUCCUUCGAGCCUCCUUUUCGUAGCACAAAUGAAACCCAGCCUGCGGAUUUGUGCUCGGGGGGCUCUUGCUGGGGGACUGACGGCACGUCUGUCGGACCCAGCCGGGACGAGAAGCUCGGGGGCUCUCACGGCAUGUGUCUGACUGUGAUCCAAACACGUUGGCUAGCUUAAUAAAAUACAAGACGUUUGUA